ACAGCAUGGCAGUGGAGUGGAAGCUGAGAGAUGUGCAGAAGCAGAUUUCAUUCGGGUCAUGUCAGGAGCGGAAAGUAUUCCCUCUCCACCAUGCCUCAGACAGGCUGGGAAUCCAGCUGAUAGCCAUCAGGGGAGACCCUUCGCUUGGGCCAGGCUGUUACCUGAGUCAUGAGAGAGGCAGCCUCCAAUACUAUUUGGAAAAACAACCACUGAGCAAGAAAGGCUAUGUGAUAGGAGCAAGAACAGCCCAGCGUUUCAUACCAGAGCCACAGACUGUGACUCCCAGCCCAGCAACAUACCAGUCAUUCUGGAAGAAAGAAAGAAAAUGCCAGCCAGCCUACGCUCCAUUUUCCACUAAGACACCACGAUUUCCAGAUAAGCCUUCAGAUAAAGAAUUUUUCCCUGGACCUGGAACUUACGAACCAGGCAAGCAAUUACACAAAAGAAUCACUUGGCCGAUGAAGUUUGGGUCUCCAGACUGGUCUUUAGUGCCAAUGCCAGUGAAGAGGAUGCUAAAAAUGGAGGUACAGAAGAUGACCAUAGACAGAGAAUUCAGGAAACACCGGGACCGAGUGGCCUACCUGAGUUUAUACUACAGCUGAGGAGCCAGG